UCCCGUAAUAAUGGCUGUUGGUGUGGUAGAUGGAACUUCAGAAGCCAUUUUCCAGACUCUUAUGGCACUUGGUCCUUCAAGAUCCGAAUGGGAUUUCUGUUUUUCCAAGGGGAGUGUAGUUGAGCACCUAGAUGGUCACACCGACAUUAUUCACAAGCAGCUAUAUAGUGAUUGGUUGCCUUGGGGAAUGAAACGAAGAGAUCUGUUGCUGCGGCGUUAUUGGAGGAGAGAAGAUGAUGGAACCUAUGUUAUUCUUUACCAUUCCGUGUUUCACAAAAAGUGUCCUCACCAGAAAGGCUAUGUCCGUGCCUGCCUUAAAAGUAAUGUAUGCUGAAACUGUAGAAAUAGU